AUGCCUCACUCCACCACCUCCAACAUCACCAUUCACCCUAUCCAGCCUCCCAAAGGCUCCACCUACGACUUUGGCGCCGAAUUGCGCGGCGCUGAUCUCGAGAAUCUGACCGACGCCGACGCCGAAAUAAUCAAGCGCGCCCUCUACGAGCACCAAGUCAUCCUCUUCAAGAACCAGCACGCUCUCACCCCCAAAGCCCAAUAUGAAGUGACCCGCCUCUUCGACCCAGCCGCCACCGGCUACGGCCACGGCAAGACACUCGACGCCAAGCGCUCCAUCCUGCACCCAGAUCUGAAAACCAUCCCGCACCAGCCGCAAGUCCAAGUCAUCGGAAACGGCGCCGUUGCUGAGUUCGAGGGACUGAAGGAUAUCACGCUGAAGCAUCCGCACCACAAGACGUUCCACAAGGAAGCCAUCAGCGAAGAAGACGACCGCGAGAACACGAGGUUCUACAGAUGGCAUAUCGAUGCCGCGCUGUAUGAUCUCGAGCCGCCCAAGGCGACCAGCUUGCUGGCGGUCAAGGUGCCGAAGACGCAGUAUCAGAACUUGCGGUAUGAUGAUGGGACGGGGGAUGAGUUGAAGGUGCCUAGGGGAAGUACGGCGUUUGUAAGCAGCUAUACGAUGUACGACCUCUUGUCCGAAGAGGACAAAGAGUUCGCCAGGACGACUAAGGUUCAGUAUGCCCCACACCCAUACAUCUGGAUGUCCCCCGCGAAAUCCCGCUCCGACGGGCUAGGCCUCAUCUCCGAGGGCCUCGAACUCUCCCCCUGCCAGCUCCCGCCCAUCGACGAAUCCAAGAUCAAGGUCCUCCCUAUGUGCUGGCGCAACCCGCUCACCAACCAACUCGCGCUACAAAUCCACCCGUCCGCCGUGCAAAAACUGAUCCUCGCCGACGGCAACGUCAUCGACGACCUGAAGCAGGUCCGCGAGAUUGUGCACCGCAUGCAGCGCCCCGGUAUUGCGCCCGAGCUCGUGUACCCAAUUGAUUGGGAGGAGGGCGACUUUGCCAUCUUUCAUAAUAGGGGCGUGCUGCAUACGGUUACGGGGAGCUUUUUGCCCGAGGAGGUUAGGAUUUUUAGGCAGUGUAAUAUGGCAGCUAGUGAGCCGGUGUUGGGACCUGAGGUGUAG